CACAGUCUCUCACCAUCCUCUAUUGCGCGCGGUAGCCAUAGAAACCGGACAGAGGGGCACUUAGCAACAGAAGAGGAGGAGGUGCAGCAUCAUCUGCUGCGAGCGGAGAAGAAAAAAUAGCCAAUGCGAUCGACCUUCAUUCCAUUCAGACCUGUUCUCUGAUGGUGAAAACCGAUCGUUUGUAAACAUUACAAUUCUAUAAAACUAGCCUGCAUCCAGCGGUUUUAUUUAAGAUCUCAAUCGAAUAGAUGAAGUUCGUCGUGGUUUUAGUCUCCGCCGGCCUCUUGGCUUUUCUCGGCGCGGUCAUCUGCAUCAUCGCCAGCGUGUAUUCACGAUCUUCGGCCGCCGCGCCCCAGCCGCUAUCCGGCAACCGCUCGCUGUCGCUUCUGGAUCCGCUGUCUGGAUCCGUGGCGCACGCCGGGCCGCUCGGAGCUCUCCAUGGUGCUGAAUCUUAUGAAGGCGGCGGCGGAUUGGACAUCGGCCUGGAGAUACCGUCGCUCAAUGAGCUCAGUACCGGGGACGUGACUGGGCCAAGUCCGAAACAGUUCACCCUCAAUCGACUCAUUUGUACCGCUGUGCCCAUCAGUGAUUGUAAAUCCAGGGGUUUUAGAGAACAGGCCGAUGACCCGUUUGCAGAUGAGGAGGACUGGAGCCUCCGCACCACCGCUGAGGAGCUCCGGCAGAUCGUCAUGCAGCAAAACGACCAGAUCCUCAUGGACCAGAGGACCAUCACGGAGCUCACCGGGAAAGUCUCGGAGUGUGAGAGCGGGCUGGAGGAAAGGAGUCUGCAUGAGAGGAGUAUGGGGGUUUGGGCGGGCAACCGUCGCCACAUGGCCGGGGACGAUGUGAGCAGCUCGGUUGCGGUACAACUGCAGACGGCGCGGGCUGUGGAGGAACUGGAGAGAGCGAUUCUUCAACUCAAAGAUCGCAUAGAGAAGUUGGAGUUGGAGAUUGGCCCGGCAGCGAUGAACCACACUGAGCAUACUGUGAGCACACUGGGGAGUGUAGUGGUGGGCGAGCCUGGCAGGCCUGUGGAGGAUCUGGAGGGAGAGCUGGAAAAAAAGAUUAGGCUGCUGGAGAAGGAGCGAAAGAACCUCCGGAAAGAGACCCAGAGCCACCACCAGCACAUAGACCAGGGAAUCAACACCCUGCAAGAGCGUAUUGCAGAGCUGGAACAGAGUCUUACAGAUUACAGUUACCCACAAGGGUAUAAACUUUCCUUCCCUGUGCGGACUAACUACAUGUAUGGGCUUGUCCGGCGUAAUAUUCCAGAGAUGUACGCCUUCACGGUGUGUCUGUGGCUCAAGCCUUCUGAGAAUGGAAUUGGGACACCAUUUUCCUAUGCUGUACCGGAACAACCGAAUGAACUUGUCCUGUUGCAGGGCAUUCAUAAUCCAGCAGAACUACUCAUCAAUGAUAAGGUGGCACAGCUGCCUCUAUCUUUGCCCCAGGGCAUCUGGCAGCACAUAUGUGUGAGUUGGACCCUACGGGAUGGAGUUUGGAAAGCAUAUCAAGGUGGAAAGAUGAGAGGACGUGGUGAAGGAUUGUCCGCAUGGCACCCCAUCAAAUCUGGGGGCGUCUUGGUGCUGGGACAGGAACAGGUGAGCAAGACCUGGACGAGUCUGAAUACAACCUUAAAGGAUACCCUUGGCGGGCGGUUUGAUGCAUCCCAGGCUCUUGUUGGGGAGCUUUCCUUAUUUAACCUGUGGGACCGGGUGUUGUCGCCAACAGAGGUUGCUGCUUUGGCGGCAUGUGCAGAGUCGCCCCGCUUGGGGAACAUAGUGCCCUGGACUGACCGAGAUGUGGAUGUGUUUGGAGGGGCAGUCAAGGACCCUGUUGACCCCUGCCUUCAGAGCUCACAUCCCCGGCAGUGAGCAGGGCCAUGGGUUGAUACCUUUCUUUUUUGGGGCAAGGGUAAAUAAGACAAAAAUGGCCUGAAAGGUAUUACAACUGUGCUGUGGUCCCAGUCUGUGUAUAGAAUAUCUUUACCGUAGCGCUACACUCUCACUGAGUUCUUGUUUCUACUGGAAAUGGAUUUGUCUGUGUGUGUGGUUGUGUCACUUUGGAUAGAGCUGCUGCCGAGGGCUUUUAAAGGUCUGUUUGCGUCUCGUGUUGCUUGUGAUAUUUCAUGCCCUUCUUCUCAAAGCAUUACCGCACAACGGUCCCUUCAGAUAUAGAGAAUGUUUUUGUAAUAUGAUGGAUGUGGCUCAUUUUCAUAGCACUUGUCUUGCUCUUGUUUCAUUAUUUAUGUAAAGUGGAGCUUAAGCUUUUUUCCCACAGCAGCUUUUUCCUUUCUUGUCUUUAUUACCGAUCCCUUAGGGUCACUGCACUUGUUAUUUCAGUCCGGCAGCACUUAAAGGUGUAUAACGUCUUAUCUUUAUCAUAACAUGUUUAAAAUGUUUGUCUUUUGGCAUCUGAGUCUUUACCCUGCUGUGUAUCUUUUUCUCACAGAUACAGCAAGACCCAAAAUGUUUAAUUUGAAGCUUAACAUCUUAAAUAUCAGAGUAAAUUUUGAAGAUCUGAUGUGCAGCCCACACACUAUGAUAAUAUGAAUGUAAAACAGUUUUUAGCAUCUUGCCGUGUUACCAUUGCACUGCAUCUAGUCCUACUUGCCCCCUCACAGAGAAAAGCUUACAGAGAAGUGCCUGUUUAUUUGACUCUUGCUAUUGGUUGAUGAUCAGCUGUGAUGUCUGUAUAGUGCUUCUUCAUAUUUGCACCACCAAGGAUCUACAAUGAUAAUGUGACAAAUGUUCAUGUGACAAAUGUGGAUGAAAAUAUUAAAACUGUGAAGAAAAUGAA